UCUUUCUUUCUAAUAUACCUUUUUGAAUCAUGACAAGUCGCGAAAGUACUCCAGCCCCUAAAGAGACUGAAAUGAACAACAAAAAUACAAACAACAAAGAUACCUCGUCAUCAUCCACAUUAUCACCUGAUUUGACACAGACAGAAGCAAGGGGUGAAGAUACUGAAAAGAUAUUGAAUCCUGAAGAUCUUAUUGACAUGAACACAUUUGAGCAAUUGCUGGAUAUGGAUGAAGAAGAUGAUCAUUCUUUCUCUUACAAUAUUGUCAAUGAUUAUUUUGAACAAGCUGAAGCUACAUUUAAAGACAUGGAUGAAGCAUUAAAAAGUAAAAAUUUAAAUGAAUUAUCUCGACUUGGUCAUUUCCUUAAGGGUAGUUCAGCAGCUAUUGGUUUAAAGAAAGUGAAAGCAACAUGCGAAAAGAUUCAGAAUAUUGGUAAUUGUCAAGAAGAAGAUGGUUCAGGUGAAAUCACUGAAGAUGAAGCACUUGAACGUAUUACACCAUUAUUACCACAAGUAAAGACAGAAUAUGCUGAAGCAGAAGAUUAUUUGAAGAACUUUUAUGAAGUACAGGAUACGAAAUAAAGGCUUUUGGUAAAAACUUGAUAGUAAAGAACACGAGUACAAAUAUGACGCAUACAAAUAAAAUAAGCGCC